ACGAAUGGAGUCCAGUACAGGAGGAGGAGGAGGAGGAGGAGGAGGAGGAGGAAGAGGAAGGUGGAGGCUCCGUCAUGUUGUCCCGGUCGUCCUGCUGUGGAUGAGUCUACACAGACACGUGCUUGGCUGCAGCUCCACCCUCUGUAACCUGAUGCUGAUGGAGGCUCAGGGGGAGUUCACGUCGCCCUGCUACCCCCAGAAAUACCCCAACUCUCAGGCCUGCAGGUGGACCAUGCAGGCCCCGACCGGUUUCAUCAUCCAGCUCUCCUUCCUUGACUUUGACUUGGAAGAGGCGCCAGGCUGCAUCUACGACCGCGUGGUGGUGAACACGGGAAACACGGACGUAAGGUUCUGCGGUCCGACCGCCAACGGGCUGACGCUAAACUCGACGGGGAAUCUGAUGGAGCUGUCGUUUACCUCCGACUUCAGCGUGCAGAAGAGAGGGUUCAGUGUUAGCUACAGACACGUUGCUGUCGCUCUGAGGAACCAGAAAGUCACCAUAUCUGGAGGCAAUGGCCAAGUCACCGAGGUCUCCACCUCUGUGUCCAUCCCGCCGCUCACUCACCUGACGCUCUGCUUUGAGCUGGAGCGCAGCCGCCACAAACAGAAAGAGUGGAUCUUCACCUACUCGGACAGCAGCAGCGGCGUGGCUCUGAGUUUGGGCUCCGAUCAGUCCGGUAUGAAGAUGAUUGUUGACGGAGUGACGUGUCCCAUUGACUCCAUCAUCUCCUCCUCUGACUUCACCUCUACCAUGAAGCCUUUCUGUUUCCUGUGGACUUCAUCAAACGGCCGGGUGGCGGUUUAUUUCAACAGGAACUACUGGGCCAAGACCUGCUCCUCCUCCACGGGACACUCUGUCCCUGCUGGAGGACGCUUCCGCUUAGGAGGGCAGCACAGCUUCAGCGGGAACAUCUACAACUUGCGGCUGUGGGAUUAUGCCAUGACGGUGCAGCAGCUCAACGCACUGAACUGCGACGCAGUGGGGAACGUCAUCGACUGGGACAACAGCCACUGGAGCAUCCCAUCCACCAUGGCGCACACCGACACCACGCUCAGCUGCAUCUGCUUCCCUCAUUGCAUUCACUUAACUCCUGCUGCGCCAACUAGUGGUGUCUCCCCGCCCAGCAGCACCCCACUCACCACCAGCUGUGACUCCCCCGGACUGGGCUGCCCAGCCCAGCAGACAAUGAGCAGCACGGCAACUGCUGCCACUAACCACACAGCUACUAAUCCCCCGACGCAUGCUGUUUCACCUCCUCAAACAGUUACAGGAACAGCGACUCCUCCUCUGCAGAUAGUUACUACUAACCAACCAGCCACUAACAUAGCCGUCACUGCUGCCUCCUCUCAGGAGAUUUUGUUCUACCGCCUGUCGUUCGUGGUGGAGGACGAGGGCGCCGAUGUGAUUGAGGCUGAUGUGGAGCGAGCCGUGGCUCUCUGGCUUAAUCAAACAUUUCAGAACUGGACCCAUGCAGUCUACGUGGACUCCAUCAGGGUGCAGCCGGCUGUGCGGAGCGGCGGCUCCUCCAGUUUUUCGUGUCAGGCGCUGCUGGUUUAUUAUUAUGUCUCCAAUGAGAGUCUGGGUGAAGCCGCUGUGUCCGCCAGACUGUCCAGCAGCGAGGGACUGAUGAGGAGCGGCCUGCAGCUCCGCGCCGCCGCCACGCACAUCACGUUAAUCGAAAACUGUCCAGAGGACAAUCCACUCCACUACCGCUGGCCCGAGAGCCGACCCACCAUCACUCAGGUCCUGCCCUGUUUCCCCAACAAGGACCAGAGCACCUCCAGGACCUGUUUGAUCAGUCCACAGAACUUCUCCUCCUAUUGGUCAGCCGCAGACGUCACCAAUUGCACCGACAUCGACGCCAUUGAGGUGUCAGCAGAGAAUGCAGCAGAGGUGGCGGUGCAGCUUGCCGCCAUCACCAACAACGAGCUAUCCAACGAGGAGGUGUCUAAAGUCGUGACAAAGGUGAAGCAGCUGGUCAACGUGGCGAAGAUCAACAGAACGCUGGCCUUCACCGUCGUCACCAUCAUCUCCAACGUCAUGACCAGCUCUGAGACGGCGCUCGCCGCCAACUCCGAGAAGGCUCUGAAGACCGUCGACAAGCUGGUUCAGAAAAUCGAGUUCGACAGUGCGUCCAUCAGCAUCACCUCCAGACACCUGGCGCUGGGCAUCUCCGCCCUCAACACCACCAUGUUCAACGGGACCUCCUUCAGCGCCUUCAUCGCUCCAAACUCCACCGACCCACAGGUGGAUUUUGAGUCGGAGAGGAUUAACCCUUUAGCUCAGGUGACUCUUCCUGCGUCUCUGCUGUCCAGUGUCUCUCUGAGUGACGCCGACAGAUCGUCUCUGUCCAGGAUCAACUUCCUGUUCUUCAGCAGCACAAACCUCUUCCAGAAAGAGCAGGACGGUCGCUCUCUGAACAGCUACGUGGUGGCCAGCAGUGUGGGCAACUUCUCCAUCAGCGACCUGCCGGAGCCGGUGGAGAUCCACAUUGCUCACCUGUCUGAGCAGCCCAACCUGAAUCCAGUCUGCAUGUUCUGGGACUUCAGCAUGAACAGUGGAGCUGGAGGCUGGAACAGUGACGGCUGCAGAGCGUCCCGAGAAUCCAGCAGCAACAAAACCGUCUGUCUGUGUGACCACCUGACGCACUUUGGCAUCCUCAUGGACAUCUCUGGAGCCUCACCGCACAUCGACCCCCAGAACAACAAGGUCUUGACCUUCAUCACCUACAUCGGCUGCGGCAUCUCCGCCAUCUUCUCUGCCGCCACGCUGCUCACCUACAUCGCCUUCGAAAAACUGCGGCGCGACUACCCCUCCAAGAUCCUGAUGAACCUCAGCACGUCGCUGCUGCUCCUCAACAUGGUCUUCCUGCUGGACGGCUGGUUGGCCAGUCUGGAGACGGACUGGCUGUGCCUGUCGGUGGCCGUCUUCCUGCACUACUUCCUGCUGACCUCCUUCACCUGGAUGGGGCUGGAGUCCAUCCACAUGUACAUCGCUCUGGUCAAAGUCUUCAACACCUACAUCCGCAGAUACAUCCUCAAGUUCUGCGUGGUGGGCUGGGGUCUCCCUGCAGUGCUGGUGGGCAUCGUAGUCGCGGUGGAUAAAAGCUCAUACGGCCUGCAGGAGUACGGCAAAGCUGAGUCAGGAGACGGAUCCUCCGAGUUCUGCUGGAUCCAGAACUCGGUGGUCUUCUACGUCACCUGCGUGGGUUACUUCUGUCUGGUAUUUCUGCUCAAUGUGGCCAUGUUCAUCGUGGUGAUGCUGCAGAUCUGCGGCCGCAAUGGCAAGCGCAGCAACCGCACGCUGCGAGAAGAGGUGCUCAGGAACCUGCGUAGCGUCAUCAGUCUCACCUUCCUUUUGGGGAUGACAUGGGGCUUCGCUCUGUUCGCCUGGGGGCCCGUUAACCUCGCCUUCAUGUACCUGUUCGCCAUCUUCAACUCCCUGCAAGGUCUCUUCAUUUUUGUCUUCCACUGUGCCCUGAAAGAAAACGUCCAGAAACAGUGGAGAAGACACAUCUGCUGUGGACGCUUCAGGCUGUCUGACAACUCAGACUGGAGUAAGACGGCCACCAACAACACUAAGAAGGUGAGCUCAGACAACCUGGGAAAGUCUUUGUCCUCCAGCUCCUUCGGCUCCAGCAGCGCCGCCAACUGGACCUCCAAAGCCAAAGCAACACUCAACCCCUUCACCAAGAGACACAGCACCACAGAUAAAUGUUACUCCAGCCAGACCAGCCCAAAGUGCGUGUCCUCAUGCUCCUCCUCCUCAGAGGCGGAGCCCAACUCUUCCUCCUCCAUCCUCCCCGUCAGCCAGAUGAUCGACAAGGUCAAAGGUUACUGCUCCACGCGCUCCGACAACUUCUACAAGAACAUCAUCCUGUCUGACAGCUUCUCCCAUAGCACCAGGUUUUAGAGCUGUCCUCAGUGGAACUUCCCCGCCUGUAUUGGAUCACAACUUCACCAUCCUAGCGGCUACAGGGACAGAGGAGGUUUCUGUUUAAGGGUCCAGUAUGAAGUGCAACACUGAAGCCGACUCGCUUUUCUGGGACUAUCCGUGAUGUUAUUUAAGGCUUUGCUUUGGUUCUGGAACUGCCCACAAAACUUUGGAACAUUUUGUGUUCCUGAACUACUCCUAACAGCCCGGAGCUUUCUGAUGGCCUCAACAGUCCAGAUUCCUUUGUGCUCUGGAAACUCUUCAGUCUUUCUGGAUCUCUUCUCCAGCCUCAGCCAGAAAGGAUGGACAUAAAGACUCUAAAGACUCUUAAAGAGAAUCGUAGAACCCUUCAGCAUUCUGACACACCCUGAACCAACAUGCUCGAACUCUCUGACAGCCUCGACAGUUCAGAGUCUUUCUGUUCUGGAACCUCUUCAGUCUUUCUGGAUCUCUUCUCCGGCCUCAGCCAGACAGGAUGGAUUUUGGAGUUCUGAAGUAUGUUAUUGAGGACGUGUAGAACCCUGCGGGCUUCUGAAACAGCCUGAACAACACUGUAGAACCUUUCUGGCUUUUCAUUGCAGCAAAACACGUUCUUGAACAUCCAGUUUUCUCUCUCCUGCCUCUCACUUCUGCAUCCUUCCAACCAUCCUUCCCGGCCCCUGGAGCUGUGAAUCGCAUUUCCUGUUCCCCAUAACUGUAAUUGUGUGUCUUCAUGUUCCUUUUUUCCCAGAAAGGAGCCCCAGUUUAACAGUCAUUUUAAUUUAGACUGAUAAGCAUACAUACAUUUGUCUCCAUAUCUCAAUACAUCCUCAUCCCAAUUCGUCACAUGUUGCCUCUUUGUCAGUGGACUUCAGCAUCUAUAUAUUACACUCUAGGUGCAC